UAGAAAUUAUCCUUAAUUUCAUCAUGCCAACCAUUUCUGGUAGAGAUUCUAUAAUCAGCUUCGCCUGUUUAACAUUUCACUUGCUUCUUCUUCAAUCUUUCGUCGCCGAGUCAGGCAGUAUCGUCGAGAAUUUACCAGGCUUCUCAGGCGUUUUGCCAUUCAAGCUCGAAACUGGAUAUGUGAGUGUGAAUGAAUCAGAGCUGUUCUACCUUUUCGUUGAAUCACAAGGGAAGCCUAAACAAGACCCUCUUUUGGUUUACUUGAUUGGAGGCCCUGGCUGUUCUGCUUUGAACGGAUUCUUUUUCCAAACUGGUCCACUGAUUUUAAAUACAAGUGAUUACUCUGGGGGCUUGCCACAGUUGCUUUACAAUGAAUUCACAUGGACAAAGACUUCCAGUAUUAUAUUUGUAGAUGCUCCAGUUGGCUCUGGUUAUUCCUACGCAAACAGCGCCCAAGGUUACUAUGUUUCAGACACAAUAUCAGUGGCACAAAUCCAUGUCUUUUUAAGAAAGUGGCUGGCUGAUCACCAAGAAUACAUAGAAAAUCCGUUCUUCAUUGCCAGUGAUUCAUUUUCUGGUAUAAUAACACCAGUCCUUGCUCAGGAAAUAAUAUUCGGAAAUGAAGGAGGACUCCAGCCUACCAUAAAUCUACAAGGAAUCGUUAGCGGAUCCUCACAUAUCAAUUAUUCCCUGGAAGCAAACAGCAGAAUACCCCUUGCUUACAGUUUGGCACUUAUAUCUCGCAGUGUUUAUGAGUCUGCCAAAAAUAGUUGCAAUGAGAAUUAUCUAGACGUGGAUUCCUCAAAUGCAGAAUGUCUACAGGAUCUUGAAGAAAUUGAUGAGUGCAUUGAUCCGAUUAAUGAAGAAAACAUAUUGGAGCCAAAGUGUGCUGAAUUAUCACCAAAACCAGAUGACGAUUUACGCCAACAAGCUCGAAGAUCUCUCAUAGCACAUUCAAGAAAUCUCCGCCGUCCAUUUUUCAGACCCCAUGAUUACUGGUGCCGGAAUUUCGAAUACAAGCUCCUUGACAUAUGGGCAAAUGACAAAAGCGUACAAGACGCUCUACACGUUCGAAGGGGAAGUAUUAAGGAAUGGUACAGGUGCAAUAAUUCAAUACCAGACAAUACAUACUCCUACGAUAUUGGAAGUGGUGUUGAUUAUUACAGCAAUCUCACCAACUAUGGUCUUCAAGUUCUACUUUACAGCGCUGAUCAUGAUUUGGUAAUUCCAUAUAUAUCAACUCUUGAGUGGAUUGAAUCUCUAGAUUUGACCGUAGACUAUGCAUGGCGACCUUGGUUCGUUCAUGGUCAAGUUGCAGGGUAUACUCUUAGGAAUGAAUAUCAUGGAUUCCGCUUGACCUUUGCAACUUUGAAGGGAGCAGGUCACUCUCCAACACAGUACAAGCCAGUAGAAUGUUAUAACAUGUUUGAAAGGUGGAUCCAUUACUAUCCCCUGUAGCCGUUGCUAGAAUAACUCAAGCCAGAAUUGCAGAGCUCCAUUCCAUAUUAUAAUUUAUACUUGUUCUAUUAAUAUCAUAAUCUUACUGUAUAUUGCAAUUAUUUGGUGUUUUUAUCAUGUAAACUAUAGGGGCAGACCCAGAAAUGAAAGUGUG